CUUGCUCCCCGCAUGCCUUUUCCUUUUUUAAUUAAUUAAUUAAUCCAUUUUUUGUGUGAUUCUAUUGCCUCUUCUAUAAAUCACACUAGACCUCUCAUUUAGCAUCCUCCUCUGUACUUUCUCCUAAUUUUUUGUUUUUUUCUUCAUUUCUGCUAGAAUUUCAGAGGCGCUUUACGGUUAAAAGCUAAGGAGGAUGAUUUUUUAAGCAUGUUUGUGGUGAACAGGUAAACUAUUUGUCAAUAGUAAAUUAAAAAUACCGGUGACAGGUAAAAGAUGAAGCAGUGUGCGAUCCAGCAAAACUCGAUCGGAAGCAGGCGUGAGGAGAUGCGAAGCUCCUUUCCGAUGUCAGUUAUGGUUACAGAUCGGGGAGAGACCAUGGUCUGCCCGAAACCACGUCGUUUAGGUUUCUUAAACUCCUCCUUCAACGACCAUCCUGUUAGGUCCCUUAGAAGACAAUUUAGUCAUCAAGGGGAGCUUUGUGAUUCAAAACCUGGGAGUGAUGUUUUGGAUAUGAUUUUUACAAAGGGUGGUUGUGGAGCGGAAGAAAGUUGUGCAAAUGUAGUGGCGGCGGCCCCAUUUUUUUGCGGGUCGCCGCCGAGCAGAGCAGCUAACCCAUUAAUACAUGAUGCUCGAUUUGGGGAUGAGAAGACCACCACCCCAUUUCCACUACUAUCUCAAAUCCCGCCUCCUUCUGGCUUGUCCUCGCCGUCUUCAUCCGGGCCAAGGAAAGGGAGCUGUGUUCGGGCAAAUUUUGGUAACAAACCAGCUGUUAGAGUUGAGGGGUUCGACUGCCUUGACAGGGAUAGCCGGAAUUGCAGCAUCCCUGCACUGGCUUAGAACCCAUUCCAAUCCACAAAAAGAGUAAAUAGGUAACAAGGAAGAGGAGCUUUUACAAAAUACCAGUUUUAAAACCGUGGAAUUUUGAAGUCAUCGGUGAAAAGGAAUCCUUUAAUGUAAAUAUUUUUGUAGGGGUUCUUUGUAUGUAGUGAAAUGCAAGUAGAUGAGUUUCUUGAACAAAAUAAGAACAUAGCUGUUGUUAGGUG